ACACGCAGCCGGCACAGGCGGCGGCGGCGGCGGCGGCGGCGGCGGCUGCCGGAGUCAGGACGAACCUCUCUAGGUACUGUCUUGAGAAGGCGGCAGCAGCGGCGGCGGCGGCGGCGGCGGCAGCGGCAGCGGCGGCGGCGGCGGCAGCCCGAGCAUCCCUGCUCAGCCGGAGAGGGAGCAUCGCCGAGAGUUCCCGUCCCCUCGGCCAUUCCCUUCCCCCCCUCCUUUUCUUUAUUUGCGAGAGAAUUUCAGCUGCCUUAUUGGUUUCGUUUGAUUUGGAAACAUUUUUGGUUGCUUUGUGUGUGUGUGUGUGUCCUGUUUUUUUUUUCUUUCCUCGUUUUAUUUGCAUCCAGAGCAUGGCGGGCUGCGGGCUGUCGGAAGACACCUUCCUCUCCUCCUUCUUUUACAACUACGGCUCCUCCUGGGAAACCCCUUCCAACCAGGUUUUUUGCGAAAAUCAGUGAACUAAUAUUGGUAAAAUUGGAGCCCCAUGGAUGAAGGGUACUUUUGUGCUGCUCUGGUUGGUGAGGACCAGCCUCUUUGCCCAGAUCUUCCUGAACUUGACCUUUCUGAACUUGAUGUGAACGACUUGGAUACAGACAGCUUUCUGGGUGGAUUGAAGUGGUGUAGCGACCAAUCGGAAAUCAUAUCCAACCAGUACAACAAUGAGCCUGCGAACAUAUUUGAGAAGAUAGAUGAAGAGAAUGAGGCAAACUUGCUAGCGGUCCUCACAGAGACAUUGGACAGUCUCCCCGUGGAUGAAGACGGAUUGCCCUCAUUUGAUGCACUGACAGAUGGAGCCGUGACCACUGACAACGAGGCCAGCCCUUCCUCCAUGCCUGACGGCACCCCUCCCCCUCAGGAGGCAGAAGAGCCGUCUCUACUUAAGAAGCUCCUACUGGCACCAGCCAACACUCAGCUCAGCUACAAUGAAUGCAGCGGUCUUAGCACUCAGAACCAUGCAAACCACACCCACAGGAUCAGAACAAACCCUGCCAUUGCUAAGACCGAGAAUUCAUGGAGCAAUAAAGCAAAGAGCAUUUGUCAACAGCAAAAGCCACAAAGACGUCCCUGCUCAGAGCUUCUCAAGUAUCUGACCACAAACGAUGACCCUCCUCACACCAAACCCACAGAGAACAGGAACAGCAGCAGAGACAAAUGCGCUUCCAAAAAGAAGUCCCAUACACAACCACAGUCGCAACAUGCUCAAGCCAAACCAACAACCUUAUCUCUUCCUCUGACCCCAGAGUCACCAAAUGACCCCAAGGGUUCCCCAUUUGAGAACAAGACUAUUGAGCGAACCUUAAGUGUGGAACUCUCUGGAACUGCAGGCCUAACUCCUCCCACGACUCCUCCUCAUAAAGCCAACCAAGAUAACCCUUUCAAGGCUUCGCCGAAGCUGAAGCCCUCUUGCAAGACCGUGGUGCCACCGCCAACCAAGAGGGCCCGGUACAGUGAGUGUUCUAGUACCCAAGGCAGCCACUCCACCAAGAAAGGGCCCGAGCAAUCUGAGUUGUAUGCACAACUCAGCAAGUCCUCAGGGCUCAGCCGAGGACACGAGGAAAGGAAGACUAAACGGCCCAGUCUCCGGCUGUUUGGUGACCAUGACUACUGUCAGUCACUCAAUUCCAAAACGGAUAUACUCAUUAACAUAUCACAGGAGCUCCAAGACUCUAGACAACUAGACUUCAAAGAUGCCUCCUGUGACUGGCAGGGGCACAUCUGUUCUUCCACAGAUUCAGGCCAGUGCUACCUGAGAGAGACUUUGGAGGCCAGCAAGCAGGUCUCUCCUUGCAGCACCAGAAAACAGCUCCAAGACCAGGAAAUCCGAGCGGAGCUGAACAAGCACUUCGGUCAUCCCUGUCAAGCUGUGUUUGACGACAAAUCAGACAAGACCAGUGAACUAAGGGAUGGCGACUUCAGUAAUGAACAAUUCUCCAAACUACCUGUGUUUAUAAAUUCAGGACUAGCCAUGGAUGGCCUAUUUGAUGACAGUGAAGAUGAAAGUGAUAAACUGAGCUACCCUUGGGAUGGCACGCAGCCCUAUUCAUUGUUCGAUGUGUCGCCUUCUUGCUCUUCCUUUAACUCUCCGUGUCGAGAUUCAGUGUCACCACCGAAAUCCUUAUUUUCUCAAAGACCCCAAAGGAUGCGCUCUCGUUCAAGAUCCUUUUCUCGACACAGGUCGUGUUCCCGAUCACCAUAUUCCAGGUCAAGAUCAAGGUCCCCAGGCAGUAGAUCCUCUUCAAGAUCCUGUUACUACUAUGAAUCAAGCCACUACAGACACCGCACACACCGCAAUUCUCCCUUGUAUGUGAGAUCACGUUCAAGGUCACCCUACAGCCGUAGGCCCAGGUAUGACAGCUAUGAAGCCUACGAGCACGAAAGACUGAAGAGGGAUGAAUACCGCAAAGAGCAUGAGAAGCGGGAGUCUGAAAGGGCCAAGCAGAGAGAGAGGCAGAAGCAGAAAGCGAUUGAAGAGCGCCGUGUGAUUUACGUUGGUAAAAUCAGACCUGACACAACACGGACAGAAUUGAGAGACCGCUUUGAAGUUUUUGGUGAAAUUGAGGAAUGCACCGUAAAUCUGCGGGAUGAUGGAGACAGCUAUGGUUUCAUCACCUACCGUUACACCUGUGACGCUUUCGCUGCUCUUGAGAAUGGAUAUACUUUACGCAGGUCGAACGAAACUGACUUCGAGCUGUACUUUUGUGGACGGAAGCAAUUUUUCAAGUCUAACUAUGCAGACCUAGAUACAAACUCAGACGAUUUUGACCCUGCUUCCACCAAGAGCAAGUAUGACUCUCUGGAUUUUGAUAGUUUACUGAAGGAAGCUCAGAGAAGCUUGCGCAGGUAACGUGUUCCCAGGCUGAGGAAUGACAGAGAGAUGGGCAAUACCUCAUGGGACAGCGUGUCCUUUCCCAAGACUCUUGCAAGUCAUACUUAGGAAUUUCUCCUACUUUACACUCUCUGUACAAAAAUAAAACAAAACAACAACAAUAACAACAACAACAACAACAACCAUACCAGAACAAGAACAACAACGGUUUACAUGAACACAGCUGCUGAAGAGGCAAGAGACAGAAUGAUAAUCCAGUAAGCACACGUUUAUUCACGGGUGUCAGCUUUGCUUUUCCUGGAGGCUCUUGGUGACAGUGUGUGUGCGUGUGCGUGCGUGUGUGUGUGUGUGUGUGUGUGUGUGUGUACUUGUUUGGAAAGUACAUUUGUACACAUGUGAGGACUUGGGGGCACCUGACCAGAACGAACAAGGGCGACUCCUUCAAAUGGCAGCAUUUCCAUGAAGACACACUUAAAACCUACAACUUCAAAAUGUUCGAAUUCUAUACAAAAGGAAAAUAAAUAAAUAUAAAUUAAAAGGAAAGAAAACUCACAAACCACCCUAAAAUGACACUGCUGAUACCUGUUGUCAGCCUCCGGUACCGUCUUUUCAGAAAGUGCAAAACCAACCUGCAGCAAGCUCUCUCUCUCUCUCUCUCUUAAUGUAAUGAUUACGUGACAAUCCCGAAGACACUACAGGUUCCAUAGAACUCAUAUCCACCUCUCUCUCUCUCUCUCUCUCUCUCUCUCUCUCUCUCUCUCUCUCUCUCUCUCUCUCUCCCUCCCUUCUUUGCCAUUGAAUCUGGGUGGGAGAGGAUACUGCAGGCACCAGAUGCUAAACUUUCCUAACAUUUUGAAGUUUCUGUAGUUUGUCCUUUGUCCUGACACCUAUGUAUAUGUCCAAAAUGUUGAUCUUCCACUGCAGAUUUUGAAAAGCCUUGUUAUUGGUCAAGCGGGGAGUGUGUUCAGUGGCUCCUGCUGAGGAGCAGACGCGGUGUUACGUGAUUACUGAGAGUUGAGUAGAACUCUCUGGAUGUGUUCAGAUAGUGUAAUUGCUACAUUCUCUGAUGUAGUUAAGUAUUUACAGAUGUUAAAUGGAGUAUUUUUAUUUUAUGUACAUACUCUACAACUAUGUUCUUUUUUGUUACAGCUAUGCACUGUAAAUGCAGCCUUCUUUUCAAAACUGCUAAAUUUUUCUUAAUCAAGAAUAUUCAAAUGUAAUUAUGAGGUGAAACAAUUAUUGUACACUAACAUAUUUAGAAGCUAAACUUACUGCUUAUAUAUAUUUGAUUGUAAAAAAAAAAACAAAACAAACAAAACAAAAGACAGUGUGUGUGUGUGUGUCCGUUGAGUGCAAGUCCAACAAAAUGGCGCUUCACGCACAUCCAUCCCUUCUUAGGUGAGCUUCAAUCUAAGCAUCUUGUCAACAACCACAAAAAUCCUAGGCCCCUCAAGGUAUUAACCACUUCUGCAAUAUUUUUCCACAUUUUCUUGUUGCUUGUUUUUCUUUGAAGUUUUAUACACUGGAUUUGUUAGGGGAAUGAAAUUUUCUCAUCUAAAAUUUUUCUAGACAAUAUCAUGAUUUUAUGUAAAGUCUCUCAAUGGGGAACCAUUAAGAAAUGUUUUUAUUUUCUCUAUCAACAGUAGUUUUGAAACUAGAGGUCAAAAAAAAUCUUUUUAAAAUGCUGUUUUGUUUUAAUUUUUGUGAUUUUAAUUUGAUACAAAAUGCUGAGGUAAUAAUUACAGUAUGAUUUUUACAAUAGUCAAUGUGUGUCUGAAGACUAUCUUUGAAGCCAGUAUCUCUUUCCCUUGGCAGAGUAUGAUGAUGGUAUUUAAGCUGUAUUUUUUACAGUUAUACAUCCUGUAAAAUACUGAUAUUUCAUUCCUUUGUUUACUAAAGAGACAUAUUUAUCAGUUGCAGAUAUCCUAUUUAUUAUAAAUUAAGAGAUGAUGAAAAUAAUAAGGUCAGUGGAGACUUUCUACCCAGGGUGCAUGGCAGUUGUCAGGUUAGAGUCUACCUUCUUCAUUUGGGAAACUCAGCUCUCACAGAAGCAGUGUUCCAUCUCUCACUAGCAUGGCCUCUGAUAUGACCAUGGUGUUGUUCUUGGUGACAUUGCUUCUGCUAAAUUUAAUAUUAAUAAUAAUAAAUGUCAGAAAAAAAACCCUCCAUUUUGAGCAUCAGGAUUUCAUCUGAGUAUGGAGUCCCUGCCAUGGGAGCCACUAAACUUUGGAGUAUGUAUUUGAUUUCCAAAUUGAGAUGCAUUUACUGUUUGACUGACAUGAAUUUUCUGGAAGAUGUGAUAGACCUACUACUUAACCGUUUUUGUUUGUUUGGUUUUUUUUUUUUUUUUUGGUUUUGUUUUGUUUUUUUGUUUUGGUUCGGUUUUGUUUUUUUUUUUCCUCUCUCACCCAACACGAUCUUACAAAAUGGGUUUCACCCCCAGGCCAAUGCAGCUAAUUUUGACAGCUGCCUUCAUUUAUCACCAGCAUAUUGUGUUCUGAGUGAAUCCACUGUCUGUCCUGUCGAAUGCUUGCUCAAGUGUUUGGCUUAUUAUUUCUAAGUAGAUAGAAAGCAAUAAAUAACUAUGAAAUAAAAAAGAAUUGUGUUCACAGGUUCUGCGUUACAACAGUAACACAUCUUUAAUCCGCCUAAUUCUUGUUCUGUAGGUUAAAUGCAGGUAUUUUAACUCUUUGUGAACGCCAAACUAAAGUUUACAGUCUUUCUUUCUGAAUUUUGAGUAUCUUCUGUUGUAGAAUAAUAAUAAAAAGACUAUUAAGAGCAAUAAAUUAUUUUUAAGAAAUCAAUAUUUAGUAAAUCCUGUUAUGUGUUUAAGGACCAGAUGCGUUCUCUAUUUUGCCUUUAAAUUUUUGUGAUCCAACUUUAAAUACAUACGUUCUCUUGUUUGCCCUGGAUCAUGGACAUGACUGAAAUUUUGUGGUUUCUUUUCUUACUUAUCAAAAGACAACACUACAGAUUUCAUGUUGAGGAUUCAUUGAGCUCUCACCCUCUGGCCUGACAAAUCUUGUUACCAUGAAGAUAGUUUUCCUCUGUGGACUUCAAAUUGCAUCUAAAAUUAGUGAAGCUUUUGUAUCUUAUGCAGACACUGUGGGUAGCCCAUCAAAAUAUAAGCUGUAAGCUUUGUUCCUUUCAUUUUUUUUUUUUUACUUCUUUUGGGAGAGAAUAUUUCCAACAAACACAUGCACCCCACCAACAGGGGAGGCAAAUUUCAGCAUAGAUCUAUAAGACUUUCAGAUGACCGUGGGCCAUUGCCUUCAUGCUGUGGUAAGUACUACAUCUACAAUUUUGGUACCCGAACUGGUGCUUUAGAAAUGCGGGGGUUUUUAUUUAAAAAAAAAUAAAAAGAAAUGUAGCAGAAUAAUUCUUUUAGUGCAGCAACUCAGUUUUUGUAAAAGACUCUGAGAACACUUGGGCUGUCAACAUUCAAAGCAGCAGAGAGGGAACCUGGCACUAUUGGGGUAAAGUGUUUGGGUCAGUUGAAAAAAAAAAGGAAACCUUUUCAUGCCUUUAGAUGUGAGCUAACAGUAGGUAAUGAUCAUGUGUCCCUUUUUGAUGGCUGUACGAAGAACUUCAAUCACUGUAGUCUAAGAUCUGAUCUAUAGAUGACCUAGAAUAGCCAUGUAAUAUAAUGUGAUGAUUCUAAAUUUGUACCUAUGUGACAGACAUUUUCAAUAAUGUGAAAACUGCAGAUUUGAUGGAGCUACUUUAAGAUUUGUAGGUGAAAGUGUGCUACUGUUGGUUGAACUAUGCUGAAGAGGGAAAGUGAGUGAUUAGUUUGAGCCCUUGCUGGCUCUUUUCCACCUGCCAAUUCUACAUGUAUUGUUGUGGUUUUAUUCAUUGUAUGAAAAUUCCUGUGAUUUUUUUUUUAAAUGUGCAGUACACAUCAGCCUCACUGAGCUAAUAAAGGGAAAAGAAUGUUUCAAAUCUACUUCUGUUCUUCUUAUUUAUCGGAACCAAAUGGUUGGCAUGUUUCUCAGAUCAGUACACAUGGCUACUUAUUAUUUGAUUUCCUCUCGGGCUCUGCCCUUUCUCCCGGCUUUUCUGUAUUAAUGGAUGUGCUUUAGCUCCGAGAACAUGUGCACCUCCUGGAUUUUACUAGUCUUUUCAAAGUGCGAAAGGCAGGUGUGCUGAUUUCUCUAAUGAAGGUUGAGAGGUGAAAAGUGCCAUGCGGCUUUAUCAAGUGGCUUCCCUCUAUGUCUGCAUGUAGCCCUGGAAACUCCAUACUUUUAAGGAUAAGCAAUUGCCUAGAGGGUUAUCAGGUAGAUAUUUCGAGUGGAACAUGACUCGGUUAUAGGUGGGUUGGAUACUUUCAAUGACUUGCAUCAGGAGAAAGGCCUUGAACUAUGCAUCUUACCAGACUGAUAAUAUGAAAGGGCUGGUAGCUGAAGAUAUGUCUUGCUCUCAGGCUGUGGUGUUGUGCCUGGUAGCUGGUGGGGGUCUUAAUGACAGAAUGCAUUAUUACUACUAAAGUCUCUCAAACUUCAUAGGGUUCUCUGCACUCAAAUAUUUGCUUUUCAAGAACAGUAUAAACACAGCAUUGGGAGGAUCACAACUAAGUAUAUCAUCUCCCUCACCCCAUCAGUCACCUAUAGAAAAGAAUGUGAAUAUUAAAAUUUGAUGAACGUAUCAAGUGCAUGAAAAUCUGCCAAAUAACACAGGACGUGCUCUCCAUGGAGCUACUUCUAUUCUAUAUUAAUAGUAAAACUCAUCAAUUUACUAUGUCAACAUGCUAGAUAAAAAAAAUAAUGUUAAGUCAUGCAAAUAUUGCAUUCACCUACAACUAUAGAUCUUAAGUAUUUCUGAGAUCCAGGAAAUAUACCAGAUCCGAAUCACCUUCCAUUAUUGCUUAUGUGGUAUUAGACACCUUUCUAUUUUCUGGCUGGAUGCAGCCAAGAUAUCAACAAUAUUCUUCUGAAGGGGUUAAAUUUUAUGUUAAUAACCUAUUGGUGGAUGGGUAGACAGAUAACAGAGAUUUUAAGCGGUCGUAGCUGCUAGCUUGGUAUUGGGACAUCUUGAUGAGAGAGAAAUAAUUUGUCUCAUACUACCUUCAUAAUGUUAAAUCAUUUCCAUCCUUGAUGAUAACAUCGGCAAAAAUCAUUAUCAAAACCAAAUGUAACCAAACACGUAAUAGGAAUAGUUUAUUUAAAAGAGCCUUUUUUUCAUUUAACAAGUCUUCAAGAUUAAAGCUACCUAAACUAUAUACAAUGUGCUGUUGAAUUGAAAUUCUUUUCCAAUAUUGCAAGUAUUCUCUUAUUUGUGCAGUUAUUUAAUAAAUUUCUGGAUGUAAUUUGCAGCCCCAAUAACAUCAUAGUCACAUGCUACUGAAUACACAGUUUUGACUCAGUAUUAAUUAUGGGAUAUUUUUUAACAAAGUCUACUUUUUGAAAUAUUUACUUUAUAUUAAUCUCAUAUGGUGCAAUUUCUCCUUGGCCCCCUUUUCAGUAUACACUAUUACAAAUCAAUGUUUGUACUUUAUCUAACAACAGAGACUAAUAAGGAAGGUCACAACUCAGAAAGAAUUCCUUGGAAGUUUGUAACAUUAUGAUUUAAAUCUCAGAAAGAUUUAAUCAAGAGCUGAAUUAAUCCCUGAGGAAAAGAUGUUAUAUAGAUUCAAUUGAUGGGUAUGAAGCAACCCUUUUUUUUUCCCCCACUGGUCUCUAGUGAUAUGUUGAGGGAUGGAGCAGCCUUUCUUAUGGGAAAGGAACAGCCUUUCUAUAGGGAAGGACACAGAUUCCUUGGUAGGAGAAGGCAGACAACCUAUCCCCUUCAGGUCAGCUUGCAUCUCUCCAUGGAUCUUUCUUUCUGCUUAUGGGAAUGCAGUUUUUUCUAGUGGAUGAAGUUAAGUGUUCCCCCUCUUCUUGUUCUCAGCUAUCCCAUGUGAUUCUGUAACUUCACAGCGUCCCCAAAUCUGCACUCCAGUGAAGCAUGUGGAAUGUGUGGGUCACACGGGCGGCUUUCCAGGUCUUGUCUGUGUAAUCAGGUGAUUGCCCCAGGGCAAAUUCUCAGCGUUCAAGGGCACUGAGAACUUACAGCAAGAAAUGAACAUAAAAUUAGAAUGUUUCCAAGACUGGGUUUUUCUGAAAAGCCUAGCAGUACUCACUGAUUAAGGUGAAGCUGCUGCCACCUUCCCAAUGCUUUCUUGAUGUCCACAGUUCCAUAGCAACACAGCCAUGUUCCUUGUUAGCGUGAUACACAUUCCAUAUGACCAGAAGACUUAUGGACAAGGCAAAGUGGAAUUAAUUAGUUGUGAAAAAAAUGAGAGAACUUUUAGAGGAGAAAAAUCAAAUGAUCCUGUAAUAUUUUCAUGAUUAAAUUAAAUGAGCAUAAUUAUACAUGCACGUAUGCACACCAAGGCAUUAUUAUAAUCAGGAAUCUUAAAAUA